AUGUUAUUCUAUUGCAACCUUGCGUCUCUCACUGGUUACAAGAUCCUUGGGUCUUUGCACUGCGAGAGCAGUAUCCGAAGUCGUUCACAUGAUGAUCAUCUUUAUACUGUUUACGCUUCAGCUGUCUCCAACCCGGUCGAGCUUAUUUGUCUUACGCGUGAUGCAUUCCCAUUCGGUAUUCAAGCUCACUCACCAAAACUGAAGGUGCAUGGUAAUCUUGCAGUUGUCCAUGCAGUCGACACCGGAGACUUAGUGCACACUGUUGGUCUGCAACUUCACUCCCUCAUACUUGCGGUGUUUUUGAUCUG